GCCGGUUUCUCCCAGGCAAGCAGUCCACGCGGGCCGACCCGACCCGACCCGACUCACCGACCGCGCGCGGGGGGCAAGGCGAGGCGAGGCGAGUCCAGGCAAGAAGGCGGGCCGAUCCCGCGCUCGGGCGCGCGCGUUCGAUUCCCCAUGGCGCAGCAGAGCAGGCGGGUGCUGCAGGUGGCGCCGCCGGGGAAGGGGGACAGGGAGGCGUUCCCGACGGUGCAGGCGGCCGUCGACGCCGUGCCGCUCGGCAACCGGGCGCGCGUCGUCAUCAGGCUCGCGCCGGGGGUCUACAGGGAGCCCGUCUACGUCGCCAAGACCAGGAACUUCAUCACCGUCGCGGGGGCGGCGGGGCCGGAGGCCACCGUCAUCUCGUGGGACAACACCGCCACGCGCAUCAAGCACUCCCAAUCAUCCAGGGUCAUCGGCACGGGGACAUUCGGCUGUGGUACUUUCAUUGUUGAGGGGGAGGAUUUCAUUGCAGAGAAUAUCACGUUUGAGAACUCAGCUCCCCAGGGCUCUGGACAGGCAGUUGCAGUACGGGUGACAGCAGAUAGAUGCGCUUUCUAUAACUGCCGGUUCCUUGGUUGGCAAGACACGUUAUAUUUACACUACGGAAAACAGUACUUGAGAAACUGUUACAUUGAAGGCCAUUGUGACUUCAUCUUUGGUAACUCUGUUGCACUUAUGGAACAUUGCCACAUCCAUUGCAAAGCAGCAGGAUACAUCACUGCUCAUAGCCGGAAAUCCACCUCCGAAACUACUGGCUAUGUAUUCUUGAGGUGCAUUAUUACUGGAAAUGGAGAAGCUGGAUAUAUGUUCCUAGGUCGCCCAUGGGGACCCUUUGGGAGGGUUGUCUUUGCACACACUUUUAUGGAUCGAUGCAUCAAGCCUUCUGGGUGGCAUAAUUGGGACAAAUCCGAGAAUGAGCGAACUGCUUGCUUCUAUGAGUACAGAUGCUCAGGGCCAGGCUCUCGUUCAUCAAACCGGGUGGCUUGGUGCAGACAGUUGCUCGAUGUAGAAGCGGAGCAUUUCCUCUCGCACACUUUUAUUGAUCCAGACCUCGAUAGGCCAUGGCUCCUCCAGAUGAUGUCAACAAGAAUACCAGCCUCUGCAUAGGCUGAUCCCCACAGGAUCCUGGUUUAUCCCUCCUUUCGAGUCCAUCUAAUAAAUAAAGCUGGAGGGUGUAUUUAUUUAAUUUAUAAGUUUGUAACAUUUGGUCAAUUAGUAUCCACAUUGAUGGUAUAUUGUGGGUGGGUCGGUGUGGGGGUCGGGGGAGGAUGUUUUGUUGUGAGAAGCUUGUGACAGAGUCGAGCACUACUCUGAAAUAAGCAAAUAUUAAUUCAUAUACCCAGCCCCGGGGAUUGAGGUGGAAAUUUAAUUCAUUUUCCCCUCCUCAAUCCAUACAUAUUGUGA